UUCCUGCCUGAAGAGCAAGGCGAGUAUUCCCAGUCAGAUAAAAGGACUCAGGAUUGGACUUUUGGGUUGACAAAGAACCUUCUCUAACACGCUAUAUUACUCUCCUUUUUACUAGUACUAACUUGUAAAAGAUGUGAAACCAAAUAAGAACCGGAAGAACACGAACCAAGAUAAGAAUGAGAAUUAUUGGUGCUUCAAGAAGCUCGUGCUCUUUGCGUGAAAGAAAAGAUUUCUGGGGAUUUCUCCGUCGAGCCCUUUUCCUUGUUUGCCUCGUUCUUCAUUUCUCUUUCCUUGACUUUUGACUCGCUUGCUUGCAUUGGCUUGUAGUUUCGUUUUGUUGGAUUGGAAUAUUGGAUAUCCUAUAAUUGUGAAGGCGGAGGUGGAUUUUUUGGAUGUCUCUGGAAUUACUUACCCUUCAUCUCCUUGAGGUUGCUUCAACUGGAAAAAGAUUUUGGUGAUUCAAGUCCUCUUAACUCUCAAAAUUGAGCCGAGUACUCUACUGAACAUGACUAAUCAAAUGACUGCCAAAAUUCGACUGGUUAGAUGUCCCAGAUGCAGACAGCUUCUUCAAGAACCAGAUAUCCCCGUAUACAAGUGUGGAGGAUGUGGUGCUGUUCUGCAAGCGAAGAAGUUCAAAACUGACACCAAAGACACAAGAUUCAGCAGUGAUGGUACUCAUGUAGAAGGAAAAAGGGUACUGGAUUAUGCACCAGAUCAGAAAGACAUCAGCAGACUUAAUCAUGGAGCAACUAGUUCUGCAGGAGGGUCGUCACCAGAUACAAGCAAUGAGAGGAAAGAAGAUCAUUUUUCAGACUGCAAUGGGAAGCAGUCUGGUGACAAAACUUUUUCUCAUGAGCUUCCUAAUUCACUGCAUCUUACUUCUCGAGAAAAUGGAGAUUUGUCACCAGUCACUGGGGAACAGAUUGAACAAGCUCAAUGUGAUCAUAAUGCAGAACAGGAAACACAUAAUGCAGACCAGGAUAUACACAAGUAUGGAAAUCAGUUCGGUGAUUCCACUGGGAAGCAGCCUGGUGACAAAAUUUUUUCUCAUGAGUUUCCUAGUUCACCGCGCCUUACUUCUCAACAAAAUGGAGAUUUAUCACCAAGCAUUGGGGGACAGAUAAGGGCACCGAUUGAACAAGCUCAAUGUGAUCAUAAUGCAGAACAGGAAACACAUAAUGCAGACCAGGAUAUACACAAGUAUGAAAAUCAGUUCGGUGAUUCCAAAGGGAAGCAGCCUGGUGACAAAAUUUUUUCUCAUGAGUUUCCUAGUUCACCAUGCCUUAAUUCUCGAGAAAAUGGAGAUUUAUCACCAAGCAUUGGGGGACAGAUAAGGGAACCGAUUGAACAAGCUCAAUGUGAUCAUAAUGCAGAACAGGAAACACAUAAUGCAGACCACGAUACAAACAAGUACGAAAAUCAGUUCAGUGAUUCCAAUGGGAAGCAGCCUGGUGACAAAAUUUUUUCUCAUGGGUUGCCUAAUUCACUAUGCCUUACUUCUCGAGAAAAUGGAGAUUUGUCACCAAGCACUGGGGACCAGAUUGAACAAGAUCAAUGUGAUUAUGACCAGGAUACACAUAAUGCAGACCAGGAUAUGCACAGAUAUGAAAAUCAGUUCGGUGAUUCCAAAAGGAACAGGAGUAGAGGUAGAAGCUCUUCUGAUGGCUUUUAUAGUUCAUUGGAGUUCCCAUGCCAUGAGACGGACGAUUCAUCGCCAGAACAUCAAGCAAUCAUGGCAUUCGGACUUAGCAAUAGGACGACAGAUAAUUGUGCAAGAAUGGAACAAAUGGCACGUGAAGAUUGCAACCAGGAGCAGGACAAGGAUACCAACUUCCUCAGUAAAGUUUCUUUACUGACAGAAGGUAAGCUUGAUGAGAAUGAUUGUUCUCCAAAAGGUAAUGCAUUGGAAGAAAGGGAUCAAAGUAAAUGUGUCAUGCAACAUGUUGACAAAGAAUGCAACUUUGAAGGUCACAGUAAGGAGUUUCCAAAAAAUGACAGUGCCUCCCUGGAAAUUUCUUCAUCUGCUGUGACUGUCCCUGAAAAACUAUCAGCAUUAAUAGAAGCAAACUCAGAAGUGCAAGACAACUUAGGUGGUCAUGUCCUUGGUAGCUUUGAUACAGAAGAUUUGUUGGAUGGCAAGGAAACUGAUGCAAGUGACACUGAUGAAAAUCCCCUGGAUCAGACUAUUCCAUUGUACAAUGUUGACUCUCCUGGUGAUCAACACCUUGGAGCCUCUCAGAGAAUGAUUUCCCGAGGUUUUGUACAUGCAAGCUCUGAGGACGUUUUGGAUAAUCUGCCACUAGUCAAUUUGAGCUCUGAGCUUGGUCGGAAGAAUAUAAAUUUGUCCAAGUCUCCAACCAAAAGCUACUAUGGUGAUGAUGGUAGUGCAUCUUCCUAUGAUGGGUUUGAGAACCGGUUUCCUGGCCGGUUCUCAAAACCCCCCAAAAGAAAGUUAAAGCAAAACAUGAACAACUCAAGUAGGUUGCAAAGGGAAUUUGGACCUUCAGCAAAUGAUGUUCUGAGCAGCAACCUUGGGAUGCAAGACCAAGCAAUUCUUGGACCUGGGUCAGAGGUACAGAACCUGGCAAGGAAGUCCUCAAUAUUGCCAGAGAAGAAUCAUUCUAACAAAAUUCACCAGGAUGGUUUGCAUGACCCCAGAAGUUACAGCCAUUCUAGUGGAAGUAGAAUAAGAGAGGACAAUGAUCAGCAUGUUUCUAAGCUUCCAUCUAUUCCAAGGUACCCUUUGAAUGGCCAUAGAAAAGGGAAUUUAUCGCAUCAUCCAUUCAGUGUUUUCCAGCAUCAAUCAGAUUUUUGUGCAGCCGAUGCACCAUCUUACACUGAACCAGACAAACUGGAGCUGUUAAGAAUGGUACAUGAACUGAAAGAUGAGCUCAACAGAAUGCAUAUAUCAAACAGUAGGUUUCCUUCUUCAGUUAUCAGGGAGGACAAGUAUAAUCCAUUGUUUUACAAUCGUCGCUUGGCACCUUUGGAGGGAGUAUCUGCUGAUUUACAGUAUUCCAGAUAUCCUGGAAGGUUUAGUCAAUGGAAAGGCUUGCCCCAGUUUCAUAGAGUCCCAAGAGCGGCUUUUUCAGGAGAUGCUGCAGAUUACAGGCGCCAAAUUGAAUGUGCAUAUUUGCACCAUCAUCCUCAUGACUGGCAAUGCUCUGUACAGUUACCUUCACAUUCAUUAUGCUGUAAUAAAGUCCACUGUAUGUCCCACAGCAGUACAUGUUACAAUGGCCAGUGUUCCACAUCCUCAAGUCCUCAGCAUUAUAAUAGCUCUGAGUUCUCUGUUUGGGAUCGACAAACCAAGUCUGAUGAGCAGUGGCAUAGAGAUAAUGAGAUUCAAAAAUUCCAUUUGCGAGAGAGAUAUCACUUGGCAAAGCGACAUGUUAGGCCUGUAGCUGGUGGAACCCCUAUUGUUGCAUGUUAUCAUUGCUCUGCAUUGCUUCAUCUGCCUGCAGAUUUUCUCCUCUCAGGAAGGCGGUGCCAUAAGUUAAGAUGCAAUACUUGCAGAAAGAUUAUGAAGUUUUCACUUCAGAGCAGCACACAUCUAGUACCACGCAUUGCUGAUGCUGUAGCCCCUCCUCCCAGUGUGGUCGAUGAUGACUCCAGUGGAUCCAUUCGUCAAAGGAACUGGGCAUCCACCUCUCAAUCCAAUGACACUCCAUACGCUGAACCUCUUUCAUGUACUGAUGAUUACGGAAUAUCCUUUGACAGAAGUUUCUCCACUGAAGGUGAGCCCUCACUAAUCACACCCCCAGUUCAUCCUGUUGAAAGAAGUUGUCGAAAUAGAGACAUAUCAUCUGGUAAUUCUGUCGUGCCCUUGGAUGAUAGAAAGAUGAAGUCCACAGUGGGCGAGUGUCAGAAGCUGCACACCAACUCGUUACAGAACCUUGAACCAGUGGGACCUUCGUUCAAGAGAUCCAAGCAGCGAAAGUCAUCCUCAGGAAUCAGGCAACUUCCACCGUUAGGAGGAUCUCCACUGCAUCGGCUUAUGGGUUAUUCGUCGCCAAGUGCUGUUAUGAAAAUCUAACGCAUCAAUCAUUUGAAGAAGAAAACAUGAUCCAAAAGGUCACCUCAGCUUUCUGACGAGAGAAAAAGAAGUUUGGAGCUCUUCUAGUUCUAGCUAUAUUAAGAUAAAAGGACAGUUUUGGAAGAAGAGUGUCUACUUGACUCGAAGAUUCUCUAAGAUAUGCUAAACAUAUAUAGUCCAACAUCACAAGUCAUUAAACAUAUAUAGCUUGUACUGUAUAGUGAUCCGAAGGAUAGAAAUUGCCCUGGUGGUAGUGUAUAGAAUGCAGAUCAAGUGUUGUAUGUAUAGAUUCACUAUGCUGUCAAACGAUUUUUUUAUUGAUUUGUUUCGAUAAUAUUGGGUUUGCAUAAAUGGCUCAAUUCUCAGACUC